AUGAAGUCGUCGCUCUACCGCUGUCACAAUACUACCUCGGUGGAGAAGGGCAACUCGGCGACCAUGAGUGGGCUCCUCUUCAGCACCGGCCUGGUGGGCAACCUCCUGGCCCUGGGGCUGCUGGCGCGCUCGGGGCUGGGGUUGCACCCUCCGCGCCCGCCGCCGUCGGUCUUCUACGUGCUGGUGUGUGGCUUGACGGUUACCGACCUGCUGGGCAAGUGUCUGCUCAGCUCCAUCGUGCUCGCCGCCUACGCUCAAAACCGAAGUCUGACAGCGCUGGUGCCUGGCUCCGGCAGCGCGCUGUGUCACACCUUCGCCUUCUUCAUGACCUUCUUCGGCCUCGCUUCAGUGCUGCAGCUCCUGGCCAUGGCCCUGGAGUGCUGGCUCUCGCUGGGACACCCCUUCUUCUACCGACGCCACAUCACUUUGCGCCGGGGCGCUCUGGUGGCGCCCGUCGUGAGCGCUUUCUGCCUGGCUUUCUGCGCCCUGCCCUUCGCCGGCUUUGGGGAGUUCGUACAGUACUGCCCCGGCACGUGGUGCUUCAUCCAGAUGGUCCACGAGGAGGGCUCGCUGUCGGUUCUGGGCUACUCGGUGCUCUACGCCACCCUCAUGGCGCUGCUGGUCCUGGCCACCGUGCUGUGCAACCUGAGCGCCAUGCGCAAUCUCUACAACAUGCGCCGGCGCCUGCGCGGGCUCCCGCGCUCCAGCACCAGGGACCGCGCAGAGCUGGACGGAGGCUCCUCGCAUCCCCUGGAGGAGCUGGAUCACCUCCUGCUGCUUGCCCUCAUGACCGUGCUCUUCACCUUGUGCACUCUGCCUUUGAUUGUCCGUGCUUACUAUGGAGCCUUUAAAUCUCUCAGUGAGAGAAGUGGAGACUCUGAAGAAAUGGAGGACCUGCAAGCUUUGCGUUUUCUGUCUGUAAUUUCGAUUGUGGAUCCUUGGAUAUUCAUCAUUUUCAGAACAUCAAUAUUCCGGAUGUUUUUCCACAAGAUCUUUAUAAAGCCUCUUAAGUAUAGAAAUUGGCACAGCAACUCUUGCAGAACUAACAUGGAAUCCAGUCUUUGA